AUGACACGUACAUCGUUAGGCACAUCUCGACUUCCACAAGAUGUUCUAACUUAUACAGAUAAACAAUUCUACGACUUUAUUAAAAAUUUUUGUGGACAAGAUACAUCUGAUUUAUUGUCAAUUCAAGCUAUUCGAUCCGUCGAUUCAUUUCUUUCCAUUCAAGAUGUUUAUUCCAUCUUUGAAGUCGACAGUGACGACGUUAAAAAUAUUAAAAAACAAUGUGGUUUUCAAAAAAGAAAUGGAAUUUAUACAGUGAGACCAGUUUCAAUUCAAUCAACAGUUUCAGCUUCUUCUUGCUCACCCUUUACUGAUAGUGUAUCUAAUAUCAAUACAAAUGUUACUUCGUUCAUCUCGAAAAAAGUUGAAACUGAACAGCGUGCACUCAUUGAAAAAUCAAUUCAAGAAUGGUGUAUCAAAAAUGAAAAAAUAAUUAAUAUUUCUGAUUUCAAUCUUAUUUCUGAUGUAGAUUAUUAUUUACAAUUUAGUUCAUCUCUUGACAACCUUGAAAUUAAAUGUUCAUGUGGUAUAUUAUGUACUGUUUUUCUUGGCGGUUCUGGCAAUUUUAAAUUAUCAAAUUAUUUUCGUCAUUUAAAAACCAAUUGUUUAUUCAUUCAAACCAAAGUAAAAAAAAACAAUCAAAUCAACAACGAAAUACAAGAUAAUAGUCAAGAUUUUUCGUCUAUUCAUUCUUCACAACAAACAUCAACAAGUGCUGGUCGAAAACGAGCUGGACGAACAAUAGAAAAUCAUGCAACCAAAAAAAAGAUUCGGAAAAAUUAG